GGUACAAUUUCUGGAUUGGAGAGUUUCAAAGGUGCCAGGGAAAAGCAGUACAAAAAGCCUUCUUUUUGACAAUAACUCUAAAACACACUUUGCUCUAUGACAGCCCGUUCUGGGCAGGGCCUAUCAGCAGGGCCAGUUGAGCCUAUAGACACCGAGGGUGGCGCGUUCCCAGCGGCCCUGCGCAUGCCAAUCUUAUCAGUUUUGAUGGAAGUCUGGGGCUCCAGAUAAUGUUACUUGGCCCCAAACGCUGGACAGAGCAUGCUAUUUCCUGUUUGGCUGGGAAAGGGAAGGCUGAACUGCUGAGUCUGACACUUAACAGGACUUCAGCAUUCCCCUGAAUACAGACUAGAUCAGAGAUUUUAUUUUUUUAAUUGAAAAGUAACUUGGGUUCUCUUUAGAAACCCUUAUUUGGUGUGCGCAUCUGGCUAUUUCACAGAGCUUUCAGUUUUGCAAAGAAGUUGGAGUAGAUUUCUUCCCUCAGACAAGCUAUUGGUUGUCGGUGGGCAACAGAAGUUGCUCAGCAUAGACAGGGGAAAAAAGGGUUCCUGCUGAGACUGAAAGAAAACCUCAAAGGAGAGCUCUGAGAAUUCAUCUCAGGAUGAAGCUGCAAGGACAAAGGAGAAGUACUUGUGACACAAGCAAAUGGGGUCCAUUGAUCAACAGAUGCAAGAAUAUUCUUCUCCCAACUACUGCACCUCCUGCAACGAUGAGAAUCUGGCUCCUUGGAGGCCUGCUGCCAUUCCUGCUGCUCCUUUCUGGCCUGCAGAGACCCGCAGAGGGUUCUGAGGUUGCAAUUAAAAUCGACUUUGACUUCGCACCAGGUUCUUUUGAUGAUCAGUACCAAGGCUGUAGCAAACAGGUUAUGGAGAAACUAACUCAAGGGGAUUAUUUCACAAAAGACACAGAAGCCCAGAAGAAUCACUUUAGGAUGUGGCAAAAAGCCCACUUAACCUGGCUUAACCAAGGAAAAGUUCUACCCCAGAACAUGACUACCACACAUGCUGUGGCUAUUUUGUUUUAUACAUUGAACAGCAAUGUUCGUUCUAACUUUACUAGAGCCAUGGCCUAUGUUGCCAGGACUCCACAGCAGUAUGAACGUUCAUUCCACUUCAAGUAUUUACACUACUACCUCACCUCAGCAAUCCAGCUGCUGAGGAAAGACAGCAUCAUGAAGAAUGGCACUUUGUGCUAUGAGGUGCAUUAUAGGACGAAGGAUGUCCACUUCAACGCCUACACAGGGGCCACCAUUCGAUUUGGCCAAUUCCUCUCCACAUCCCUCCUAAAAGAAGAGGCACAGGAGUUUGGGAACCACACACUAUUUACCAUAUUCACCUGCCUGGGUGCACCUGUACAAUACUUCUCCUUCAAGAAGGAAGUCUUGAUCCCUCCCUAUGAGCUGUUUAAAGUUAUAAAUAUGAGCUACCACCCAAGAGGAAACUGGUUGCAGUUGAGGUCAACUGGGAACCUGAGCACAUAUAACUGUCAGCUGCUAAAAGCUUCCAGCAAGAAAUGCAUCCCUGAUCCUAUAGCCAUUGCAUCUCUCUCCUUUUUGACCAGUGUCAUCAUCUUUUCCAAAAGCAGAGUAUAAAGGAAUCUUGUGGCUCCUUUUAUUUAAAAAAAAAUUUAAAUAAAAUCUUUUUUAUUGGCCUUUUGGCUAGAAAUGGACAUUUAUUUUCCAGGAAGGAUGAUCCCAUCAUACUUCUGCUGAAACCAGUGCAUGGUCUCCUCUUUGCUAAUUCUCUUAUGCCUUUCCCUGUACCCCUUUGCCUUAUUUCAAUCUGGGCACCCUAAGUACUCUUGGGGAAAUCACUUUGCCCAGCUAGCAACUGAUGCAGAGAUGGCUCAGCCCACUGACUGUGACUGGCCUGUAACUCACGCCUUAGCCAAUCAGUAUAUUUCUUCUUCAUGGACACAAACAUUCAUGCUGGAAUAGAAAAUGAUCCAAUCAGAGCCUGUGAGAUACACUCAGGGUACGUUUUUAGAAUUGCAAUUGGAAAUAGAAUGAGAGCUUCUUUUCUGAAUGGAUAUUCAUGAAAGCAGGGUAGGAGCUUAUAGCUGCCAGCAAAGAUCCUGCCACCAGGAGAGGAGACCCUACCUCCUUGAGAAAGGACCUAACACAACAAAGGAAGAGCUGAUAAAUGAAAAGAAACUGAGACCUGAUGAGAAUGUGUAAGCCUCUGGAUCCAACUUUGCCUAAAGCUGAAUACUACAAGAUUUUUCAUUAUAUAAAUCAAUAAUUUAUGUUUUUGCUUGCAUAAUUUGAAUUAGAUUUUCUAUGUCAAGCAUCAAGCAGUUGAAGUUCCAAUGAAUACAAGGACUCUUCCUUAUUUUUUUAGUUUAGUUUUUCUAAAUAGGAACAAAUCAAAGAAAAUCAAAUUAGAAAGCAAAGGACAAAUUCUUCACCAAACAGAAAAGCUUUGAACCCCAGAGAUUAACCAAGGUGUGAAUUUUCUUCAGAGAUUUUUAUGAGCAUUCAAGAUCAAGCUGGUAUGGUCUCAGAUGAGAAGACACAUGGAAACUUGAGAAAUAAAAGGGAAAGUUAAUGAAAGAUGUUAGUGAAAUCUCAUUCACCAGCAGUAAUGGGUGUUCAUGCAUGUUCCUAAGACAUUACAAAAGUUAAAAUUUAAACUCAUGUUAAUUUAUAGAGAAUUUGAUGGCAAAUUUAAGUCUUCAUAGCAAAUUUAAAUAUUAGGAAAACAUGAGGGUAUGUGUGAAGGUUAACAGAGAGUAUGAGAGAAAAAACACACUGAUUACAAACAAAUACCAGCGAUAUAGUGAGGUCUCAUUACAUGUAAACUAGGAGAUGCAAAGAAGUAUAAAUUGUUGAAUUGCAUAGCUGGAAAUGUUCUCUAACGCUUCCCUCAGGUAGUAAUUUAGGUAGCGACAUAAGGGAUUAUUUAACCUGAUCACGAUCACUAAAGACCCUGGUAUCAGGCUAAAUGGAGUAAAGAUGAGGGCUAGCUCUAUAAUUUUGGAUUUUGAAAGUCCAUGUUCCUUAUCCCUUUUGAGAUUUGGAUAAGAAGAAGCAAAACUGAAAAUCGGUCCAUCUGUUUACUCUCCAUAGGACUUCCUGAAUGGCCCGUGUCAUGAUCAAAGAAACGGAAUGGGGAAUAGGCUAUAUAAAAUUACCUGGCAGGGAGUUCAGGCAUCUCUGUACUAUCAUUCUUUAAAUUGGGAUUUGAAACUAACAGGGCCAAAUCACCUCUGUCACCUAGUUGCAGUAGCCUCUACAGUCAAUAAAGGAAAGAAUUUCUGUCAGGCAUGGUGGCUCGCCCCUGUAAUCCCAGCACUUUGGGAGGCCGAGGAGGAUGGAUCACGAGCUCAGGAGCUCAAGACCAGCCUGGCCAGCAUGGUGAAACUCUGUCUCUACUAAAAAUACAAAAAUUAGCCAGGCAUGGUGGCACGUGCCUGUAAUCCCAGCUACUUGGGAGGCUGAGGCAGGAAAAUUGCCUGAACCCAGGAGGCGGAGGUAGUGCAGUGAGCCAAGUUCACACCACUGCACUCCAGCCUGGGCAACAGAGCGAGACUCAAUCUCAAAAAAAGAAAAAAAGAAAGAAAGAAUUUCUACAAACAGACAAUUUAUGUGACUUGCAUAGGAUAGGGUCUUUGGCAGUUUGGUGGCUACCUAGUAGAGAGUCCUGCGGGCAUGGCUCUGGGAGCAAGCUUUUCCAGUGAGCAUCGAUGAGUCAGUAAUGACAUGCUAUGUUGGGAAAAGCCACCCAACAUCUUAAGUACAUUUUUCCUGUGCCAUAUAAAUGCAUGUAUUGAGCCAUACUGUGUACAAAGCACUUUGGAGAUUAAAAGUUGAGAACACUAGGCCAGAUCUCUCAUGAGUUUACAAUCUCUUAGGAGAAAUUAAGAACAUAAGCAAGCCACAAGUGAAAUGCCAAAAAAAAAAAAAAAAAGGCAAAAAUCAAGUUUUCUGUUCAUAACAAUUCAAAAGAAAGAUUUAUUCCAACUGAGGCAAGAAGAGACACCCGGAAGGCUUUAAGUAAGAGGGUGCAUUUGAACCAGCCCUUAGGGCUCUAGGCUGGGAGAAGGGGUGAGCAGAAGGAGAAAAAAACAAGAAAGAGUAAAUGCCAAGUGCAUAGUGCCCAAAACAAGGCCAAAUAUUAAAUGCUUGGAGCUGAGAGAAAAAUGUGAUUCCUCUGGCCUAUGGUUAGAUAAAGCUUUCUAUCAGAGAUGAGGUUUUAUUUAGAGGAAAGUAGAAAAUAGAAGCGGAUACGGAAUGAUCGAUGUAUGUACAGCAUAAGGUCAGGGAGCAGAUAGGUCUGGCAGAGAGUGAGGAGUAAUGUGGGCUGGAGAGGAAAUUGGAAGCCACUCGGUGAAGCUAAAAAGUCAGCCAAAACCAUUUGAUUUCCAUGAGAAGUCAUAAUUUUCUGAGUAAGACAAUUCUCCUAAAGCGUUGACUCUCCAGGCACAAGCAGCAAUAGCAUCCUUUAAGAGCUCGUUAGAAAUGUGAAUUUUAGGGCCUGAUCCCAGACUACAGACUACAGAAAUUGAACAGUCUGUUUUAAUAAGUCCUCUAGAUGAUUCUGCUAUACACCAACAUUUGAGAACACUGUGACUUACACAAUUAUGAUCCUUAAGGGAAUAGCCAAGUUUCUAAAAAAGAUAACUUAGUUCUAACUCCUGCUGCUGUUUUACAGAUCAAAUCUCUGUAGACAGAAACUAUUCUCUUAAAAUUAUGUAGAUUCAUGAGUUUGGUUAAGGAUAAAUGUACAUAGUUCACAUCCCCUCAGUCUCUCCCUAUAGUCCAAAGCUGUUGAUCAAGGAAUCUGUGGAGUAUUGAUUUAAACUGAUUAAGUUACAUGUUUAUGAAACUCUGAGAGACUAGUUUUAGAAAUUUCACUGUAAUUUCUGCUAGGAUAAAUUUGUUAGGCUGGAAUAUCUUCCAAAUAUAAGGCGGAUGCUCAAAUAUGUGUAAAUUCAUGCAACUGUUAACAGAGACUGUGCUGUAAGGAGUACUUAUGUCUUAUAGUAAUUUUAUUAAAGAAAUACAUGCAUGUCUCCUUUUAAUGUGUACAGAAAUAUACUGUUUAACCUGAGGAAGCUGAUUGAAACAGGAAAAAUUAAAAAAAUAAAAACA